AGCAGCAUGACAAUAAGUUUACAACGGCAAAAGGAGAACAUUGACGAAACCGGUUCCCAUGAUUCGGCCAUAGGUUCAGAACAAUCACCAAGGAAUAAGAGCAAAUCUCUGAAGAAGAAUUUAAAAGAAAUCUAUCAUGAAUUUUGUUCCAACACUUCGAUUCAUGGCUUCCAGUAUUUUGGCCAGCAAAGGCCACGUAAAGAGAUUAUAUUUUGGAUUAUCAUUUUCAUUAUUACCCUAUACUUUUGCAUUUCCAUAAUUGUGAAAAUCUAUGUGAAAUGGCAUGAGACGCCAGUGAUUGUAACGUUUUCGGAGGAAUCCACGCCGGUGUGGAAUAUACCCUUUCCCAGACUGACUAUAUGUCCGGAGACCAAGAGGGAAUUGAAGGUGAAUGAUUCAAACUACUUUGAGCUGAUACAAACUUUGGGCUCAUAUAUAGAUCAAGAAACCAAAGAGUUUUCAACAAAUUUUACCCGUUCGGAACAUGAAGACACCCUAACAUUAAUGCAUGUUUGUCAGACGGGAAUAGAGGGUAUACUGAGUAUACCCAAGUCAAAUGAUACGACUACAAUUGACUAUGUGCAGAAUCUGAAUAAUAUGUUACCGGGUUUUGAGAAAUAUUUCUUUACAUGUCAAUGGUUUGGCCAGAAGAUGCCAUGUAAGGAACUGCUGCGCAAAGUCUAUACUGAUGAGGGUAUUUGUUAUGCUUUUAAUAGCCUGAAAGCUCAUGAUUUGUAUCGUGAUGAAGUUAUGCGUUCUCAGAUGAGAGAAGAAAGGGCCAACAAGAGUGAGGAUGCGCUGGCAUGGUCCUUGGAAAAAGGUUAUGCCCCAGGCAGUGAUAUCCAUACCUACCCCAUGAGGGUGUUGAGUUCAGGGUCCACAGCUGGAUUUCAAAUAUUUCUACAAAGCUUUGCCAAUGAGACGGAUUUUACAUGUACCGGUCCGACACAGGGUUUCAAGAUUAUGCUUAAUUCACCCGAUGAUGUACCCUCGGUGGAGAAGCAUUUUGUCCGGGUCUCAAUGGACAAGGAAAUUAUGGUGGCCGUUAAGCCGACAAUGAUUACCACCUCAUCGAACAUUGAAGCCUAUCGGCCGGAGAAAAGGCGUUGCUAUCUCAAACAGGAUCGCCAGCUGAGGUUCUAUAAAAUCUACACCCAAAGGAACUGUGAACGCGAGUGUGUCACGAAUUUCACCUAUCACGAAUGUGGUUGUGUUAAGUUUUCCAUGCCCCGCACGGCCGAUAUGCCCAUAUGUGGUGAGGAUAAACUUAUGUGUUAUAAGGGUGCCCGAGAUCGUUUAUUGCUACAACAAUUUAAAGAGGGUCUCUCACAUUCGCAGAGUGCCAGUGGUUGCAAUUGCAUGCCCGGAUGUACGUCGUUGGAAUAUGAGACGGAAAUUUCCGAAGGCAGUUUUGAUUUGGAAAAUACUCUAAGAGCUUUCGAUAACUAUGAUGAUUAUUUUGCCUUGUAUCCUGGUGGUAGGAUGUCCUUGGUGACCAUCUAUUUUAAAGAUAAUCAAUUUAUUACGUCGAGACGUUCGGAGUUGUAUGGCGUUACGGAGUUGAUGGCAAAUUUUGGUGGUGUUUUGGGUCUAUUUAUGGGUGUCUCUCUGCUGAGUGUGGUGGAGAUAAUCUAUCAUUGUUCGCUGCGUUUGUGGUCGAAUAUGAGGCGGGGGGAAGGGAAGGAAAAUUAGU